AUGUCGUUGGAUGCACCGGCUUCAUCCCUCAAUGCUUCAGAUCCACACGCGCGGCUCCUGGGUGCCUCAUGCCUUGAUUUCCUCCUGAUAGAGCUCGUCCCUAUGGCGGAGCGUUUAGCGAAGGAACUUGCUUCAGAAGAUAAGCUACCAGAUGAUGAAGAAAUCCGGGAAACUACAUUCUUUCGCCUCGAAUCUCUAGGUUACAGGGUUGGACAAGGGUUGGCUGAACGAUUCUCCCGCGAUCGCCCACGAUUCGCAGAUAACCUGGAUGUCAUAAAGUUUCUGUGCAAGGACUUGUGGACGAUACUAUUUAAGAAGCAGGUGGAUAACCUGAAAACGAAUCACCGGGGCGUGUAUGUCUUGACUGACAACUCAUUUCGACCAUUUGCAAGAAUGAGUACAUCUGUGCGAAGCGAGGCGGUUUCUAUGGCUCAAGCGUAUUUAUGGUUUCCAUGCGGCGUUAUUCGCGGUGCUUUAUCAAACCUCGGUAUUACAACCACUGUUCAAGCGGAAUCUACAGAGCUUCCAGGCGCAACCUUCCAAAUCAAAACCGUCAAUCCCAAGCCCUGA